AUGAUCACCUCGGAUACGGCACCAUCUGCAAGUUAUUGUAUCAUCGGUGCAGGGCCUUCUGGUCUAUGUAGCGCCAAACAUGCAUUAGCGUUCGAUCCCAAUGCCACGGUGAAAGUGUUUGAGCAAUCGAACCAGAUUGGCGGCCUAUGGGCGUACACCGAACAAACUGGGAAGGAUGCGAACGGGUUGGAUAUUACCUGCAUGUACGCUAACCUUCGCACUAACCUCGUGAAACAGGGCAUGGGAUAUCCGGACUAUCCCAUCGACGAACAAGCAACAACGUUUGUGACGAUCAGUGACGUGAUGAAGCAGCUGGAGGGCUACGUCGAUAAGUUUCAACUGAAGAAAUGCAUCCACUUUCAACACCAAGUAGUGCGAGUGGUCAGAAACUUUGAGACUAAUCAGUGGGACGUUUUGGUAAACGACAUUGUUAACAAGCGGCACGAUGUGCAUCAGUUCGAUUACGUGCUGGUGUGCAACGGGCACUACAGUUCACCGGUGGUACCAUCGUUUCCCGGACAGGAUGUAUUCCGUGGCCGACAGCUACAUAGUAAAGAUUACCGCCGGAGCGAAAAUUACCGAAACGAACGCGUGCUGGUAGUUGGCGGAGGUCACAGCGGAGUGGAUAUUGCGCCUGAUGUUGCUGUGUACGCCGAUAAGGUUAUGCUGAGUCAUCGGUGCAAAAUACCCGUGCAUACUGGUGAGCGAGUUAUACAGAAACCAGAAGUUUUGUGCCUGACGGAAAAUAGUGCCAAAUUUGUGGAUGGCACAGAAGAGAAUUUCGACACAAUUAUCUACUGCACGGGCUAUCGCUAUUCUGUACCCUUUCUUUCGGUAGACUGUGGAGUGACACUCCACGACAACGCCAUCAGUCCCUUGUAUUACCACUGUAUCAGCAUCAAUCAACCGACGUUGGCCUUUAUCGGGCUACCGUUCAAUGCAUGCCUGAUGCUGAUGAUGGAUCUACAAGCUAGAUUUUGUUUGAAGUUUUUCAGCGGUCAAAAGUCGUUGCCAACCAAACAGGAGAUGCUCAACGCGUGGCAAACGGAUCAAGACGAGCGAAAGCAGCGUGGAUUAACUGGCAAGCUAACACAUAUGCUGGCAGGGGAUUUGCAGCAACGAUAUUACGAUGAUCUCGCACGCAUUGCCGGUAUAGAGCCGCUCAAACCGGUGCUUGCCAAAAUGCAUGCUGAUUGCAUUAACAGUAAAAAUGAGGAUGUAAACUUUCGUAACUAUGAAUACCGUAUCAUUGACGAUGAAAACUUUACGAAGGUGAAGAUACAACCGAAACCGCUAUCUAGCGUGGCCUAG